ACGUUUACUAUUUCUGCAGCAGGCAUGCAGCUCUAGUUGGCACUCAAGUCGUGGAUACCAGCUUAACUACGCGUUUGUGCAUCACUGCGUUAUCACUGGCGUGUUCCCUUCCAUUGCGCUUAGAAGAAAGAAAACAUCGUGUACAAUUGCAAAGAGAUUCAAAUGUUUUUCCUAGGCAUUUUUUUGUUUUCAUUCCGCUGACAUCCCAGGUUUCUCCCUGCGUUGAGGAUGACGUUCUUGCUAUAUGCUUUCAUUUCCAGUUGUAUAUAGCUUUACUGGAGAACACUUUCGAGAGAAUUUGUGAGUAAAGACUGCAAUUACUUUAUGUUCUGCUUCGUUUUGUUCUAUCUUUUUCAUCUAGUUAGUAGUAGGUUAACGAAUGCGAGAUGUAUGCCAUCAUAUAGGAUUCUCACCUGAAGAAAACCUGCGUACACUGUAAAUGAUCCUAUUUCAAAAGCGCAUGGAAACUGUAGUGGCAUUGGCAAUCUGACUGGUGAGGCAUUGUUCAUUGACUGCCCCCCUAGACAAAACGACAAGAAUACAGAGCCUUUGGAUCACUAUAGAGGACUAUUUUUGACCUUCGCUGCUCACUCUUGUUAGUCUUAAAUAAAAUAGCCUACAAUGUCUAUAAACCGAAGUAUCGAAUGGGAACAUUUUGAGGAGCGAGAAAAGGCUCAUCGAUCCUCACGGGGGAGCGGGUCGGCAACUCAAAGCGGUUCCAGAGGCAAUGGGCUUGUACCCAGUCCAGCUCACAGUGCACAUUGCAGCUUCUACCGCACUCGCACUUUACAGUCGCUCACUUCAGAGAAGAAAGCGAAAAAAGUUCGCUUUUACCGGAAUGGAGACAAAUACUUCAAGGGCUUGGUGUACGCGGUGUCAAACGACCGGUUUAGGUCCUUGGACGCUCUUCUCAUGGAACUCACGCGCUCGCUUUCGGAUAAUGUGAACUUGCCUCAAGGUGUAAGGAGCCUUUUCACUGUGGAUGGGAGCAGAAAGAUAACAAGUCUUGAAGAGCUAGUAGAAGGGGAGAGCUAUGUGUGUGGAUCCAAUGAGCCUUACCGUAAGGUGGACUACACCAAGAAUGUGAAUCCUAACUGGUCACUGGGAGUAAAAACAGGCACAUCGCGCUCUCUGUCCUCGCUCAGCUCUCUUAAGAAUGAACUCCUCCGGGAGGGCAAGGACUUUAUCAAGCCCAAACUGGUCACCGUCAUCCGCAGCGGCGUCAAGCCCCGCAAGGCUGUGCGCAUCCUCCUCAACAAGAAGACCGCUCACUCCUUCGAACAGGUGCUUAAUGACAUCACCGAUGCCAUCAAGCUGGACUCUGGGGCUGUCAAGAGGCUCUACACUUUGGAGGGCAGACAGAUCUCAUGCCUGCAGGACUUCUUUGGGGAGGAUGACGUGUUCAUUGCAUGUGGCCCAGAGAAGCACCGCUAUGCUCAGGAUGACUUUGUGUUGGAUCACAGUGAGUGUCGCGUGUUGAAGUCCUCGUACACACGAUCCUCCACUCCAGCAAGGGCUUCAGCAGGGUCCAAGAGCCCUGGAGCCACACGGCGCAGCAAGUCCCCUGGCUCAGUGAGAAGAGCCACAGGCCACUAUUCCACCAGCAGUCAGUCACCUGUCAAGUCUCCCGUGAAUGGCAUUCCCAGCAGUCAGAUGUCCACCCCCAAAUCCACCAAAUCCUCCAGCUCCUCCCCCACCAGCCCCCGCAGCAUGCGCAGCUUCAAGUUCAGCUGCAACACGCGGCUGAGGGAGCCUCCUCCAUGCCCUGCUCAGAUUCCUCCACAUCAUACUUCAGCCUCCAAUGUGAAUGGUUCAAAUGAGCAGCCACCUGCUAACAGUCUUAGUCCUGAAGUCAAUGGCAACAGAAACAUGUCGGAAUUAACCGUUAUGGAGAAGUAUAACAUUGGGAAAGUCAUUGGUGAUGGAAAUUUUGCUAUAGUAAAAGAAUGUACUGAACGCUCCACUGGUAAAGAGUUUGCUUUGAAGAUCAUAGACAAGGCUAAGUGUGCUGGCAAAGAGCACCUGAUAGAGAAUGAGGUUGCUGUGUUGAGGCGGGUCAAGCACCCCAACAUCAUCAUGCUGAUUGAGGAGGUGGACACUCCCACAGAGCUCUACCUGGUCAUGGAACUGGUCAAGGGGGGUGACCUGUUUGACUCCAUCACCUCCUCCACCAAAUACACAGAGAGAGAUGCCAGUGUGAUGGUGUUCAACUUGGCGGGGGCCCUCAAGUAUCUGCACCGAAUGAGCAUCGUACACAGAGACAUCAAGCCGGAGAAUCUACUGGUGUGUGAGUAUCCUGAUGGCACCAAGUCCUUGAAAUUAGGAGACUUUGGAUUGGCUACCGUGGUGGAGGGACCUCUGCACACUGUGUGUGGGACACCCACAUAUGUGGCCCCAGAGAUUAUCGCUGAGUCUGGUUACGGACUGAAGGUGGACAUCUGGGCUGCAGGAGUGAUCACCUACAUCUUGUUGUGUGGGUUCCCUCCAUUCCGCAGUGAGAAUAACCUUCAGGAGGACCUGUUUGACCAAAUCCUGCUGGGUCGCUUGGCCUUCCCCACCCCGUACUGGGAGAAUAUAAGUGCCUCUGCUAAGGAGCUCAUCGGCCGCAUGCUCCAGGUGAACGUGGAGGCCAGGUACACUGCAGAGGACGUGCUGGCUCACCCUUGGGUCAUGCAGGAGGAUGCUGCUCUGGGGAACAACACGAGGAUUGAGGUGACAGGUAAACUCAAGACACAUUUUAACAACACGCCAAAGCAGAACAACACUUCCGCCGGAGUGUCCGUCAUCAUGAACACAGCGCUAGAUAAGGAAAACAUCCAGCUUCAUCGUCGUCGCCAGAACAACAGCCUGCCUUCCCCUGCCUCUGGGCAAUCAGAGAAGAUCUCCACCUCUGAUCAGUCAGAGAAGAUCUCCACCUCUGAUCAGUCAGAGAAGAUCUCCACCUCUGAUCAAUCAGGGAAGAUCUCCAGUUCUGAUCAAUCAGGGAAGAUCUCCAGUUCUGAUCAAUCAGGGAAGAUCUCCACCUCUGAUCAGUCAGAGAAGAUCUCCUGUCCUGAUCAAUCAGGGAAGAUCUUCACCUCUGAUCAAUCAGAGAAGACCCCAUUUUGUGACCGUUCCCCCAAAGCACCCCUCUCCGUUCAUUGGGAAAAUCUGCCAUCGUCCUCUGUACCUGAGCCAGACAACCCCUGUGCCCCCUCACCUGAGAAGCCACCCCCCUCCACCUGUGCUCCCACUGCUCCUGCAGCCCCCUCACCUGUGGAGACUCCCCUCUCCACCUGUGCCCCGACUGCUCCUGCAGCCCCCUCACCUGUGGAGACUCCCCUCUCCACCUGUGCCCCGACUGCUCCUGCAGCCCCCUCACCUGUGGAGACUCCCCUCUCCACCUGUGCCCCGACUGCUCCUGCAGCCCCCUCACCUGUGGAGACUCCCCUCUCCACCUGUGCUCCCACUGCUCCUGCAGCCCCCUCACCUGUGGAGACUCCCCUCUCCACCUGUGCUCCCACUGCUCCUGCAGCCCCCCCACCUGUGGAGACUCCCCCCUGGGUUCCACUGGAGAGCACUGAAGUUGCUGCUGCUGCUGCUCCCACUGCUGUGGCCCCUAGUCCCCCCCUCAGUCCCCCCCUCUCUCCUCCCCUCUCUCCUUCUGAGCCCCACACAUCGCUCUCCUGGCCUGCGCCUCCCCCGGCCCCCUCCAGCUCUCUCCCAGAGCCUCCUCUAUGCAGCCUUGAGUAUGAAGGCCCUCCUCCUGCCUGGAAGCUGCUGAGGGAGGAGUGAGCCGCUGGUGGCCCACACCCGGCCCACACUCACGCCUGAUGACCAGGGGAGAUGAGCUUAGGCACCCUUACUUUAAGGUCAUACAUGUUCCUAGUAUGAGCACAAUGUAUAUUUGUCGCAUACAAUGAAUUUACCCAUUCAUAGAAAAGAGCUUCAACCAGGAAAAAGCCUGCCUUCUGACUUCCUAAGCCAAGGCUCUCAGAUAAAGCUGGUAACACAGCAAAAAGCUCACCACUGCAUGUAUUGCAUUUGCAUGUGUUAGGUAGUCAUUUUCAGCAUUCCAAUUUCAGAUCCCUUUCAAGCUUUGGCUAUUCCGUAUGCCUACCAGAGGCUCCUCAGAUCCCAGACCCACUCCUCUGUCUCACAGAUUAAGUCAACUAUAAGCAUUAAAUGCUCCUCCUAGUGAACAUACAGUAACUUGUGUCCCCUUAAAAUGGAACUUGCAUGACCACCCAUACCCACAUGAAUCCUCCAUUUCCCGAGUCAGUGUUAUUAGAAAACAGAGUAUUACCUUUUUCCUACGUUGUAUGGAAUACACUGGGGAGAUUUGCCUUUUAGAGUACUUGUAAUGUAAACUGUGUUGUGUCACUGCCCUGCCCUGGGCAUUCAGAUGGACAAUCUGUGACCUUGAGAGUCAGACAUGCCUUGUGAAGGACGUGCCUCAGAGGAAAUCAAACUGGCCGCUAGCUAGCCUCAUCCCGUCCCCUCUACCAGCUGGCCUGUCCCUCUAGCAUGAACACGCCCAAUGGAACUCCUCUAACCCCUAGUUGCUCAUGGCAGCAUUAAAGCAGGACCCAUAUCUAUAUAUCUACAGCUGUCUACUCAUUAGGACACACACGUUGGUGUAGUUAGCACUGCUGUAUGUGAUGAGCUACUGAACACUAGUACUGCAUCCAUGACUACUGUAGAUCAUGGUCAGCUUAUACAACACUGAUUAGGUUUGCAAAGGGCAAUUGGAAUUUGGAAUUUGCUGACUUGCAGAUCUGUUACAAAAUUAUGUCAUUCAUUACUGGACCUUUACACGGUCCUUCGCCAUGAUACACAAAAUAGUGGAUGAGCUAUUUUUCUAUGUUGUGAUUGAUUGACUGAUUGUAUAUAUGUGAAUUUGUACUUGAAAGCAUUUGAAAGAUGAUCAAGUUGUAUGAGAAGACAAUGUGAGUUAAUCCUUGUUGAUGUGACUUUUACUUCUGAUUGUUUUUGUUUUAUGUUUGCUCCUGGAGACUAUGCUUGAAUGUGCUGAUUGUGAUGAGUGGUAGAGGUCAAUGCGUAAGGGUCCUCCUACUGUAGACAAACCUUACAGUUGUAGAACAAACAUGAACACAGGACAUUCAUGCCCUUGGUGUCUUUUUGAUGAAAAAGUAACAGAGGGUAUGCAAUAAUAUUUUUGUAAAUAUCUGCAAGCUUUUCCUGAUUGUGGAGAGCCGUGUGGUUGUGAUGAGGAGGCUGUGCCUCUGCUCCAUGUGCUGUGCCGUGUGCUUCUGAUCAGCAUUCCUCUCACCUCUACUGACCAGUGAGGAGGCCUCAGGGCAUCUAGUGACCCCGGCCUGAGCACCAAUGCAGGAUACAUAUUCAUUUGUCUCAUUCGGUGGUGCCCAUGAAAAGCAUUAAUAGUGACUAUUAUAAUGUGAAGUUGUUCUUACUUAGACUAUCUGGAAGUUUUUGAAGGCUGAAAUCUGGAGGCCUGGUUUAAUUUUCUGUGGUUUUCUGCUCUAUUCUUAAGGAAUUUUUUAGCUGCAUGCAAAAUUCCUCUUCUGCGACUCACAUUUUAGUCUGUGUAGCUGCUAAAAGUCACAGUGGUGGGUUCCAGUGUUAGUCACAAUCUGUUGCUAUAGCGCUCUUUCAGCUUCUCCCUGUGUUCUCUUCAAAAUUCAGUUACGUUUUACAUGCAAGGGAUCCAGUUUUCAAGAUGAAGGUGUAAAGUUUGUGCAGCCAUUUUAAAUGUAAUCCUCUUGGCAUAGAACCUUUUUUUCAUUUUGUAAUAGGAAUUCAUCAAAAACUUCAUGAAAUGCAAUAAAAUCUCUGAAAUGAUU